AUGCCUCAAGUCCAGGGUGUUAAAUCCAGUAACGGUGAUUGCAAGAACGACUGGGCUAAGAAGGUUGCGCACAAUGUCCAAAACGACCAGCGCCAGCAGCCGUGGAAGACGGCCUUUGGCGACGAGACUGUGAACAGCAAGGUCACCAAGGAGACGGACUACGCCGUCUACAACUCCGCAAUCCCACAGGUUAAUGGCUUGGCUGCUUGA